AUGGGACAAGUAAGACAAACUGCAAAGAACACUGGCAAAAGCUACUGUUGGCAACGUUAUGGGAAUAUACUGAAUAUUGACACAACUGGAGCUUCAGCAGCAACUGCAAGACCAGAAGGUCUGAGCUAUGCAGGAGUUCAUGCCUCAGAGAAGAUUGCAGAAAGAGAUUUGAAGAACAUGGAGAAAUACCAUGCCAGGAUUACAGAAGUUGGCCAGAAUAAGUGCGUUGAUCCAGCUCUCAUUGCUGGUAUUAUCUCUCGGGAGUCGCAUGCUGGCACAGUGCUGGAUGGUGGCUGGGGUGAUCGCGGAAAUGCAUUUGGCUUAAUGCAGGUUGACAAACGGUACCAUGAGCCUGUUGGAACAUGGGACAGUAAAGAGCACUUAACACAAGGCACAGAGAUUUUGAGCGGGAUGUUAGAGGAAAUGCAGAAGAAAUUCCCAACAUGGACAAAGGAACAGCAGCUCAAAGGUGCAAUUUCAGCCUACAAUGCAGGGCCUAGGAAUGUCCAGAGCUAUGAUGGAAUGGAUGUUGGCACAACGCACAAUGACUACGCCAAUGAUGUGAUUGCAAGAGCCAAGUUUUAUAAGAGAAAUGGAUACUGA